CGUUACUUUAAGGUAAAGGGUCAAUGCCACUCAAGAGGAUGGGGGGGGGACUCUGAUUGAGGCUAAUAAAGGGUAUAACACAACUUGGCCUGUUUUUUUUUCUUUCUUUCUUUACUUUUUAUUUUCCUUUUUCUUUUUCGCUUUAACAUGGAGAUUUCUAAACUCUUAGUCCAAGAUACAGAAGUCAUUAAACCUUCAACAAAGAAAACUAAAAUCAAAAAACGCCAUGCAUGUACUUGGCUUGGUUGCAUGAAAUCUUUUACCAGACCAUCAGAUAUGACCCGACAUUACCGUAUUCAUACAAAUGAUAGGCCCUAUCAAUGUCCUUUGGAAUUCUGUGGUAAACGAUUUAUUCAGCGAUCUGCUUUAACUGUUCAUGAGCGUACACAUUCUGGUGAAAAACCUCAUAUAUGUAAAUACCCUAGUUGUAACAAGAGCUUUGCAGACAGUAGUGCCUUAGCCAGACAUAGGCGUAUUCAUUCACAACCUCGAUUAUAUGUCUGUACAGAACCCGAUUGUUCUAAAAGUUAUAUCAAAAAAUCCCAUUUGACAAGACAUUUACGUCGAGGCCAUUGCAAAGAAGACAAUACACCCACAACACCUGUUGAACCUCCCAUUUCAUUGGAUGAGCGAUGGUAUUUCGAUAAACCCAUCUUGGCUCAUUAUCCAACUUGUUAUUUAUAAAACAUGAUUAUGUAACAACUUAAAACAAGUUUCAAUAGCUGUAACACAAUGAUAAAUAAAGAAAAAGGC